GAUGUGGAGAAAAGUGUCAGUUGGCGAGAAAUGCUGGUUACCCAAACUGCACUCUCUAUCUCUAUCUCUCGUUAGUUGGUUAGUUGGUGCACACUAACUUUCUCCAGCAGCAGCAUCAUGUAAUGUACGUCAGCUCUAGGACUCCGUGUUAACGCUAACUUUCUCUCUCUCUUUGGCUCAGUUCAACUUGAGCGUGGAGAAAGUAAUGUGCUCGUCGCCGUCGUCCUCGUCGUGUGUCCUGCUGGAGAAAGAAGAAAGAGAAGAACGGGAAACGGAGUAAUUCUGACCUCUUUCUAUUUAUCAACAGCUGCGCUAAUCCAGAUCUCUGCUGCAUACAGCCACCAGAAAAAAAGUGCAGCUUUCACUACUGAAAUACUGAACAAAAGGAGACAGGCAGGAGGAGGAGGAGAUAAAAUUAAGGAUACAGGACAUUUAUCUAAACUGGUCAUUAGUUAACUUUUAACUACUCAAGUCAUCAAGAAAUCGGUGCAGCUAGCAGCAGCAAGCUCGAAACUCUGAAAAUCAAAGUUGUUCUUCUUUUUCGAACAUAGUAAAGUUGAGCUCCUCUUCUGCUGAUGGCUCAAUCGUUGCUUGUUCAAGUGAGUGCAGCGUCGGAUAUCGGACAGCGACAAAGUCAAAAUCAAAGCAUCACCAGCUUCGGUACGACGGAUCACGAAGAAAUGGUGCGGAUAUUGCAUGCGGAAGUUUGUCUCGGUGAUGUGACCGCGAUCGAGUUAAGACCCCCAUUGCCAAGACUUAGCGAUCAGAAUAGUCAACAGAUUAAUCAUAAUAAUAAUAAUAUGGACUCGAGUCGUGAUAAAGACAAUGGCGUUGUAGAUCAUCUCGGUGCUGUAGUUGUCUCAAAAGGAAAGGUGAACUGCUGUUCGAACGACAAUGGUAUUAGUUUCAAUAGUCCAUCAUCUAGUCCAGAACCCAAUUCGGGAAAUGUUUCUCCCAUCCUGGAACCAGAAAUCACAGAAAACGGAUCCCAUCAUCAAAUUACUCCUACUCCUACCCCUACUACCUCAGAAGAUGACGAGAAUUCUUCAGAAACAAUUUUGGAAAACUUACCCUCCUCCGUGGGGCUGAGUUGUUCGGACUUAAAUCAUCAACAAUCAGAAGUGAAAGUUGUGAUACCGACCAUCGUGAUAGAAGAGUUGCCUGCACUAUCUGACGAAGAAGAAAUAGUAGAAACGACUGAACCCAAGGAGGAGGAGGUAGAAGAGUCGAGUGAAUCUAUAAUUAAUUCGUCAAGUCAAUCAACUGCCAACACCAAUAUCGAUGUAGUUGAUGAUGACAAGGAGAAAGAUGACGUGCAUGCUGAUGAGAAAGAAGAAGUAAACUUGUGUGAAUUAUGUGAUAAUAGUCUGGAUGGGCUGGAAGUAGCACAAGAUAACACAAAUGCAGUGAUUUCUCCCGUCAUAGUCAUAAUAGAAAAUGUGGACGAUAAAGACACAUCAUCCACGUCCAGUGAUUGUACCGAAAGUAGUGAGACUCUUAAGGAAGAUGAUUCAGAAUCUGCAUUGGAAGAGUGUAUUUUCGAAGAAGAGAAGCUCCAAGACGAAAGUGUUGCCUGUGACGAGGAUGGGAAAAUUAGGGAUGCUGAUCAUGACCAGGAAUUUCAACAAGGAGAUAUCAACAUCGACAAUGUAGAAGUUGAAGUUACCGUCUCAUUUGAAAUAGGCGAUGGCGAUGCAUCUUCUGGAGACAGCGUCAUAACGCCACCUGCACCACCGCCACUGCCGGCAACAGGAGAGGAAAAUGGUAAACCUGAUGCAGGGGGAAAAUCCAGUAGUGCGACCGAAACAACACCCGUCAUCGUCGUCGUGGUUGAAGAUGACAAAACAGAAAAUGAAGUUGUUGCAUCUGAAACCCCUCCUCCCGCUACUACGAAUGCACAAUCAUCAACUUCUACCACAGUUACAGUACCUGCAACAUCUACCUCUACAUCCACCCCUACCAGUCUACUCACUGGAAGAACCUUAGUUAUGUCCUCCUCAAGGCCUACACCCCCUUCAACAUUGUCAAUGUCACACUCUAAUUAUCGGGACAGGAAUCAUGGGAGGAAUAAUAAUAACAACAACAACAAUCAUCAACACCACUGUCCGGCACAUCAUCACCAUCUCCAUCAUAACCCCCAACUUCAAACCACUUUCCAAUUUGCACUAUCUCAUGUUCAAGCUGCCGCUGCUGCAAGCAAUCUUUCCAACCUUUUAAGUCAAACUCAACCACAUUUACAAUUCCAAGCUGGAAAUUUUUCUAAUUUCCGACUACCUCUAAAUCUCCAGCAACAACUUAAUCAGAAUCUUAACAGCCAUCUGUUAAAUCCGACACCGUUAGGACCCCCCUUUUCAAAUUCGGUCAGUACUAGUGGACUUCAAAUGCCUCCCACAAAUCAUAGCCAUUUACAUAACCAAAGUCUUCUUCAAAAUCCUCUAAUAAAACUUGGAGGAAAGCAACAACAGCAACAACAACACAAAUUUCCUCCUCCUCCGCAGUAUCAACACCACCAUCAUCACCAGCAACAGCACCAACAACAUAAUCAAAACCAAAGUCAGACUUCAAAUUUGAACCUGCUCCAACAAGGACCGGCAGCUGUGCCAAUGCAAUUCGGCUACUUUGCAGAACAAGAGACUACCCCGUGGGGCAAUGCUUUAUGCAAUGGUUCUCCUGGAUUGGCUGGUGCACUUCCUCCCUUGGAUAUCUUAGGCUCUGUUUGUGGUGGACUUGGCUCACCAUCUUCUGCACCACUACCCACCGCGAUAAUUCCUCUCCCUCUCGACCCAAACUUCCCCCCUGUAGUUCUACCAUCAUAUCCUACCAACACUAACACGCCAAAUACACAAAGUACGAGCGGAUACUCAACUGCAGGUCAUUCAAGGUCAUCGUCCCCUAUGUCUCUGAUGGGGCCGACAAACCAUGGACCAGGAUUGCUACAACUUUUCGACAAUGGACUCCUCCCUCUUCCAACGCAACCCCCAUGCUCCUCUUCAAGUGGUGGGGUGGUAAACCCGAAUUUCGUCCUGGCCGCGGCAUCCACCGAUCUGGGCUCUUAUCCACAAUUUUUUCCCAACGCCAUUGGUCAGUUUGUCGUCUACUUUCAUAUCAAUCCCAGUGUGAGCGUCAGCUUCACCGUCGGUGACCAGUCGCAAGUCGUGAAAGGUCCUAUGACUGUACCCCUCGUGUCGACCAGCUCGUCGGCGCCGAUACCUCUUCCAAUGCAAGUACCACAGGGCCAUGUGGUGCAACAAAUCGUGGACGAGAACGGAACCCUCAGACACGUGAUCGUGUCCCAGCAACCCCCACUCAUUCCUAUGCCUAAUUACGCUCCAAAUAGUCAAGGCCAACAGUUCUAUCCGGCAGGACCUUCAGGGUAUCCGAAUUUUACACCAAUGCAACAAGUUCCCUGCCCCGUCCCUUCGCCCCAUCAAGGUCCGCCCGGAUCUAAUAAUGGGGGAGGUUUAGCCACCGGCUACUCAAUUCCAGCCCAUGCUCAGAAGGACGAGCGAACACAACGCCAAUUUAUGAGGAUAAGAAGGAAAUUAGAGCAAAAGCAGCAAGCCCCUGUUCCUUCCUACAACAAUGGAGCCAGUUACAACAACCACCCUGCUUCUAUACGCAAAGAACCUGCGUAUACGACGAGCAAUGGGACGCGAAAGGUGACCAACGGAGUGUCGAAAUCUCCAGCCAACAGUGGGAUGGAGGAGGACGGAAGCGUUGGUAGCACUGGAAGCGUUACAGACUCCACCGGUACGCAAGAUGAAGAGGAGGAGAACCGCACUCUCGCUAUGACUGAAAUGCUUUCUUCCAUCAUUCCACCAACUGUGACUGAAGUGACUGCACGUAGUGCUUAUGUGCAGUGGUCACAUCCAGACAGAAUAUCCGAAUCUGGAGACAACAAGUUUCCAGACUUUGAUGUCUCGGACAACGAUUUCCGCUAUGAAGUUUUCAUCAACGAAAAAAGUCGAGAUUCAAGAUUUCGAUCUAUUUUUGUUGGCUCAUCGCUUUCCUGCAGAGUUAAAGACUUGAAACCUGGAUCCGUCUAUGCAAUUACAUACUGCUCUAUGCUCGGAGACGUAAAGGGCAAUACGUGCAACGCAACAAACUUUUCCACCCUCGCUGCCGAACCUGAUCCUCCAGGUUGCCCUCGGCCAGUAUCAAGAAGUCGAUCUAGCAUGAUGCUAAAGUGGAAUCCUCCAAUCAGCGACAACGGUUCAAAACUCAGCCAUUACAUUCUCGAGUAUGACGAAGGAAAAGGUGGCAGCCACUUUGUAGAAGCUUAUCGAGGAAAGAAUAAACAGUGCACAGUCGCUAAACUUCAACCAUCUUAUUCCUACCAAUUCCGACUCGCAGCAGUGAACGACAUUGGCAAAAGCCGAUACACAAGUGUUGUAAGUGCAAUGACUGCUGGAAGUCCUCCCACACAACCCGCUCCUCCCACCAUCAGUGAAGCUGGAGUUAAGUAUUUGCGAUUGGAAUGGAAGGGCCGAGAUACAGAUGAUGAGUAUACCCUUCAAAUGGAAGACCCAUCAUCAGGUCACGGUUUCAUGCCUGUGUACAACGGCAGUGCUCCCAACUACUUGUGCAUUGGACUCAAAAGGAAUUUCCAGUACAAGUUUAGAUUGAGGGCGCAAAAUGAAGAAGGACAUUCCAAGUGGUCAGACGAAGUCGUACUCUGCACUCUUCCCGACCGCCCAUGCCCACCUCACAAACCGCAACUUAAAGGCCGUGUGAAUGCAUACGGGUUUAAAGUACGAUGGGAUCCCCCAAGUGACACCGGCGGCAUGCCAAUUUCAGCAUUUGCGCUCCAAAUUGACCAAGGGAAUGGUUACGAAGAGAUUUAUCGUGGUACGGAAGGCGAAUGCACGGUGGACAGAUUGUCUCCUGGUCAGUCGUAUGCCCUCAGAGUUAUUACCAUCGGUCCUGGAGGGGAGAGUGAUCCAAGCGAGUCCUGUGUCAUCACGACAGAGCCCGUCUGUCCUGGAAAAAGUCACAUUCCACGCGUUAUUGGGAAACCAAAGUCCAAUUCCGUCCACCUCAAGUGGAGUCCUCCAGACUGGACGGGAGGCAGUCCUAUCAACGGAUUUGAAGUUGGAUGCACUACACCUGACAAUCAAACCCAGGAAGCCUACCGUGGCAAGGAUUGUGAGUGUAUUGUGAACCGUCUCCUACCCGGAAGGGCUUAUCUAUUCCAAAUCAGAGCUUUCAAUCGCAUUGGUGCUGGUGACUGGUCGGACCCACUCGAAAUUAUCAGCGGAGCGGGGUCGCCAGACGCUCCUUCUGCCCCAAAAGUGGUCACCAAAACUUCUCAUAUUGUCCUAAUCUCUUGGACUGAGCCAUUGAACAAUGGGUCUGCCGUAAUGGAGUAUCGGGUUCAAAUGGCUUCCCCCACUCCAACACUACCGCCAACAACUCCUCCAACUCCAGAGCAUUGCAGUAGUAGUACCGAAGAGGGAAAGAAGACGCCAGUAGAAGAAGUCAAGUCUGAAACCAAGGAUGCGCCUCUUCAACAACUUUCAAGCUUUACUCAAGUCUAUGUCGGCCCGUCACUUUACUGUGAACUCAAAGGACUUCAACCAGCAUCGAUCUAUCUAUUUAGAAUUCAGGCGAUCAAUGGUGCUGGAAGUAGUGAUUGGUCUCCUGUUGUGACGCAUGAGAUGCCUGCCUCAUCCCCCAAUGGUGUACUGGGUGUAGAAGCUGUUGCAACUUGUAGUUCAAUUUCCUUGACUUGGAAAAUUCCUUUGGACAACGGGUCCGAAAUAACCAAGUAUAACGUGAUGAUGGGAGAAACUCUUCUAGUCUCCAAUUCUAAUUCUUGGGUUAUAGACAACCUAAUGCCAGAUACUCAACACAAGAUCCGUAUACAAGCCGUAAACAGUGUGGGUCCUGGUCCCUUUUCCUCCACGCUCAAAGUGUGGACAAAGCCACUGGCACCCCCACCUCCAAAACUUGAGUGCGUUUGCGUGGCUCCAAAUUGGAUGAAACUCAAGUGGACAGAGAUUUCUAGCAAGAAUAUCGAGUACCUGGUUCAAAUGAUUAAUCCCUACAAGGAUGAGUUUGAAGUCGUGUAUCGUGGAACUGCUUCGAAUGCCAAAGUUACCCGAUUGAAUGAAGACACGGAGUACCUUCUUAGGAUUUGCGCACUGAAUGGAGCCGGCCAAGGUCCAUUUUCUGAUCUGUACAAGUUCUCUACAUCAAAAGCACCUCCAUCCCAAGUGAAAGGCUGUAAAAUCGAACUUCUUAACGACUCGAGUACCUACAGAUUUGAGUGGUUCGAAGUUACCUGUCUUGACACGAUUGAGUACCAAUUCCAAGUGGCGAGUAAAAAGAGAGACAUGGAUUUUAAGACGAUGUACAAGGGUACAGAACGGAGAGUGGAACUAAAUCACAACCAACUGGAGAAAGGGGUUGAGUACGCUUGCAGGGUUUGUGCAAUUCGAGUUUCUGGUGAUGGAGCUGCACUUGUGGGUCCUUACUCGAACAAUGUGAAUUUCCACAUCCCUAGUUCCUCUGACGAAGAAGACCUUGUCAUCUCAUCCAAAUCCCAUUCCGCAUCUUCCAAGUCUCAAGCUAGAGCGACAAACACCUUUUGGAUGACCAUGGAGGAAAAAAUGUCUAAAAUCAGCUACGAGAGCCGAGUAGGAAUUGUGGCAGUAUUCGCCCUCAUAAUUUUAGCAUUCGUCAUUUCCUUAAUUACGCACCACGUCGUAUCGUAGGACAUGUAUUUCCUUGGAUGAGAGAUUUCUUACAAGAAAACAAAAUGUCAAUCCAACUUUCGGAAAAGUUGGCCGUGAUUUUCCAAUACUUGAACGUUAAAAUUAUUAUAAUGACCUCGGUUUCCUCCACUGUUUGUUCCUCCUUUGUAUGAAAUACACAACUCGUAUAUAUAUAUAAACUCAACUUUAUCUCCAAUCUCCAUCUUGUUCAUUAUCGUUCCAGAACCUACGUAAAGUAUAUUACUAUUAUAUCUUAUUGUAUAUUUAGCGUAAGCAGUGCUGUUGCAAAAUCUAGUACUAAUCUAAUCAGCUAUUUAUAACCAAUGGAAAUAUUACGAUACGUGUAUCAGGUCGCGUUGUAUCCUCGUCUUAUCGACUGUUAUAAAUUUGUUACAAUUAACAAAAUCUAUAUAUUUUUAAAGGUAGCUGACUCAAUUUUAACCAACUCCUCUCAACCAACCACAUCAUCACUACCGAUAUACGUCAUGUCUGCCUCCACAACCAACGAUAAAAUUGUGUAAUCUAUAUAUUUAUUAUAGAUAUAUAAAUAACCGCCUCCUAAAUAUGCUAGUUCUAGCUAUGACACCAUAAUCUGACUAUAGAAUUUGGAUAAUUUUAAAAAUUACAAAAAAGAUGCCAAAGCAUGCGUGUCUUUUAAUCCACGGUGUACUACUACAACUAAAAAACUCGAUUGUGAUAUAAAAAUGAAUUUCAUAUAUAAAUUAUAACUUUAAAUUGUUCUAAGUAGUGGCUGCUGCUGAUAAAGUUGGUAAACUUUGUGUACUGUGAACUGUGAUGCAAUCUUUUGCACUGACCGAUACUACUCGACAUUUCAAUUCAAUCGUUUUCUGCUGUUUUUUUAAGUGAAAGGAUUUUAUUAAUAGCUCAACCAGGUUCAGUUUCGUUAUAUUGUUAAAAUAACGCAUAAAAGUUAAUUUAAAUCUCUGACAAUCAAUUAUGCAAUUAACAACUGUGUACGCUACUAAAAAAAGUCAUACUUUUAGCCAAUCAGAUAUUUCAAUCUACAUAUGCAUGCAUACACACUUUUUUGCUACAUUCAUGCAACUUGGUGCUAUUAUGUUAGAUACACAAUUUACUGCUUAAUUGUAAUUUUUUAUGUAUCACAAUAUUAGAGUGUCACUUGCUUGUGAUAAAAAAUUAUCAUCAUCACAUAUGUGCGAACUAACUCUAAAUAAAUAGGUUGGAAUAAAUUGUUUUCAAAAUUCACAAUGCAAGUAAUGCUGUACUAGAGUUAAAAUCAUGAUUAUGCAAACCUGGAAUGUACUUAUUAUUAUUAUUAUUAACUUGAAUCAGUUAACUUUUAGAGAACAUAUUAUCCUUAUGAAAACACUACUUGUGAUUCCGUUCAUUCUUGCCUUAUCAAUUUACUUGGAUGAUCACGCCCAGAGUAGUGUUAACAUUGCUAUUAGCUUAUCCAUAAGACCUACAUAUGUAUCAAUCUUUGCUUAAACUUGUAACCUAUUUAUAAUAUAACAUUCUUGGAUAAAAAAUAUAUCUUAUUGUCUGGUUCUUCCUUAAAUGAAUGAGUCUGUAAAACUAUUCUAUCUCAUGUAAACUGACUUGAACUAUUGCUAAUGAAUCACCUUAGUACUAACUAUGCAUACGUAACAAUAUAGAACAGCCUAUAUAAUUUAUCAGCAAAUUAAUCUUAUAUGAAAAAUCGAUGUACAACAAAUUAUCGUAUAUUUUGAAAUGAUAUAAUGACAAAUGAAUCUUUAACAAAAAUUCCUGAUUUAAAAGAAACUGUUUUAGCUUAGCUAUGAAAAUUUGAAUGUGUCAAAGGGCCAAACAUAUUUACAUGUUUUGGAGUUAGUCAUAUUAACGUUAUGUUUUUUUAAUUAAUUAAUAUCAUUAAUUAACAUAGCUAGUUGGUUAAAUAGUGAUACAUAUAUAUAUAUAUAAUUUUGAUGAAUUAUGUAUUGAAGGAAAGUGCAAUCUGUAAACUUAUUAACCAAUCAAGGCCUCUUCUCACUCAUCGAUUACUCAAACAUAUUUCUGUCGGAAUCUUCGAAAUUGUCGCAUUUUAUUUUAACACCACGGUCAACUGUAACGUAUUUAGAGCAGUAACACACAUAUACACACAAAAUAUGUAAAAAUGGAUCGCUCGCUAUCCAUGAAUUAUCGUAGUUAUCGUAUUCAGUGGCAGGCAGGAGAGGAGAUUUAUUAACGUGUCUAUUUUUAAAACCGAUUGGAAGAUUGAAAGUGAAUGAUUUUUGCCAAUUUAAAACUAAUCUGAUAAUGACUAAGAAGGUACUAACUUAUCUAAUCUUACAAUCUAAUCUGAAAUUAAGUGGAUCCACAUAUAUCUAAUUAUUAUUAAUGCUAGGAAAUAUGGGUUAACUAACAUUUAUUAUUUACAUUUAAUUUACGCAAUUCUUAUUAAUCACGAAUUCUUAACAUUCUUAAAAAACAUUUUUAAAAACUCCUCACAGGAACAAAAAAAAUAAGAUGAGAGAAGGACUGGUCCAAAAGUCUUUUAACAUUAUAUGUAGCUUUCAUUUCAAUUUUGAGAAUCAAAAUAUUAUUGUAUACUUUCUCUACAAAAUGAAAAGAACUGGUAAAACUUUGUGCAGUUAAUACGAUUAUUAUUAAUACUAAAUAUACAUACCUAGUUAGACUUAAUUAUAUAGCCAAGCUCAUACACAUACACACAAUUUGAUGAGACUUUCUUGCGUCUGAAUAUUUGAUGAUGAUGUUGAUCUGUUAUUAAAGGGAACGCUCAUGAAAAAAAAUAUAUUGAAAUACCGGCCGUAAAUUAAAAAAGGGUGUCAUGAAUAUUAUUUCAUAUUUUAUUUAAUUACGUUAUUACCUCUUUUUUCAUACAUACAACAAUUACUUAGCUAUUAUGUUUAUAUGUUAUGAGAACGUGUAAGUAGGUAGGUGGAAAACACCAGCUCUUUGCGUGAAGCUGCGUGCUGUGCUAUUAUGUAACAAUUAUAUUUUAAGGAAACUAAAGAAGACUAUCAUUUCAUCCAUUUAUACAUACAUUACAUGAAACGGCUAUUAUACUGUACUCCACAUCCAUUACAACAUGAAUUUAUUAUUAUUAUUAUUACUGAUCAUCACUUGUUUUGAUAUGAAAAAAGCAUGUUUAUAUAUUAUUACUCUUAAAUAUUAUUAUAUUAUAUUCGUAAAUAUUUAGUAUUGGAGGGAGGGAGGACGGAGAUGAGAUAGAUGAUCGCACACUUACAUACAUUUGUAAUAGUAGGAGAAAGUUUGUGUCGGUAUGGUUGAAUUAAAAAUCGAUGCAAUUUAAGACAUGUAAAUAGUGAGUCCAAGUUAAGAGUAUGUAGAGCAUGAUGCCACUCUAUUAUUUUAUGCAUGGUAUACAACAGAGAGUACA